UGCAUUUUUAAGAGCUCUACACGGACUACAGAGUUCCCAAACCUCUCUGCUCCAAAACCUCAUAAGCGGAAAAUUUACCGGUCACAAAUGGAAGAAACCCUCGAACUCUACCAAUUACAGCAUUGCGAUCUCAUGAGCCUUUCUUCCGACCAAAAGACGGCGACAAUGGAGGAAACCCAGCGGCUUGAAUUAGUUUCUAAAUCGAUAAUGCAAAACCUCGGGCGCGACGGACCGGGCCUUCUGUCCAUCGUUGGCGUCCCCAACGCCCAUAUUCUAGCCCGAAAACUCCUUCCCUUGGCCCGCAAGCUCGCCCUUCUGAACAAUGAUGAUCGGAAAAAGAUUCUCAAGGAUCAUAAUCUGGGUAGCGAUGUUUCGUUGAAAAAUCUCGAUAGAAUCGUGUCGUCUUUCGCGACUCAAAUGAAGUACGAUCAAGAUUCAAACUUUAAACCCAUCAAUGGUGGAGGAGAAUUCGAGGAUCUAGGGUUUGUAUUUCGGGAAUUAGGGUUUUGUAUGAUGCAAUUGGGGCUUUCUCUUGCCCGAGCGUGUGAUAAAUCGAUCGGUGGCCGUGAGCUCGAGCAAAGCUUGCUACAAUCCGGAUCGGCCAAAGGCCGUCUGAUACACUAUCAUUCAGUUUCUGAUAAUGUCGCCAUUAAACAAGCAGCAAACAAGAAAAAACAAGCUAAAAGUGGUAACUCGAAUUUGUGGCAGCAAUGGCAUUACGAUUAUGGGAUAUUCACGAUACUGACUUCGCCUAUGUUUAUUCAGUCGAGCGGAAAAACCGAGCAGGAAUAUGAAUCUCCAAACGGGCACUCGUACUUGCAAAUAUUUCAUCCAGACGCCAAACGUGUCCUUAAGGUAAAAGCCUCGGUUGGGAGUUUUAUUGUUCAAGUUGGUGAGUCAGCAGAUGUAAUUUCAAAAGGAGCUCUUCGAGCCACACUUCACAGUGUUUGCCGGCCAUUGGAGGUGGAAGAUUUGAGCCGGGAGACUUUUGUCGUGUUUUUACAGCCUGCUUGGAACAAGAUUUUUUCACUAUCUGAGUAUGAGUAUCCUAAUUCGCUGUUUGGCAAUCGGGAUUUGGAAUCGUGUGAUGAGGAGGAUAAGGCACUUAUUUGUGCUGAGAUUGUGCCUCCUCUGUUUUCACGGUUAAAGGAUGGAAUGACUUUUGCGGAAUUUGCUAAAGAGACUACGAAGCAGUACUAUGGUAAUGGCGGCUUGCAGUCAAGCAGAUAGGAUAAAUAAGGUAGUUUCUGUUUAUUUUUGUGUGUGCCUGUUAUGCCGAUUGUUAUUUCGGCGUGUUCGAGUUUCGUUUUGCGAGGAAACUGAUAUUUUUUGCUGUUUAUCAAGUUUGAUAGCCUUGAGUGACU